AUGCCAGUCGACUCUGCCUCGCUCGAAGCCAAGAUCCGGGAAAGCUGGCCUGACGCGACUCACGUGCAAGUCUUCGAUGUCAGCGGUGGCUGCGGUGCCUCCUACGAAGUAAUCAUCGUCUCUCCGUCCUUCGCGGGCAAGACCACACUGAAGAAGCAUCGAGAGGUCAACGACAAGCUCAAGGACGAGAUCGCACAAUUGCACGCCUUCACACAAAAAACGUUCACGCCCGAGCAGUUCGAGAACGUCAAGAUUGUUACGCAGUAG